AGGAGGAGGGGGUGCAGGUUUUGCGGCUCUUUGGAUGCGCUCCGCUGAUUGAGCAGUGAGAGGAGGAGGACAUUUAUCCGAGUAUCCAGGUAUCACACGGCGGGAUUACAGAACCGAGCAGGGAGCGGCAGAGACUGGAGCCGCCGCUCCCGCCGCUCCCGCCGCUCCUGCCUCCUCUCUCUGCCGCUCCCGUUUCCUCUGCUGUUCUUGUGAAGAAAACAUGAAGACACCGCGCCGCUUCGCUGCGGCGGACACGCAUCAUAGCAGGCGGUGAAGCGAAAAAACAUGACCGAGGACACGCGUCCAGACGAAGACAGCUACAUGGUGCGAGUCAAAGCCGUGGUGAUGACCCGAGACGAGUCGAGCGGCGGCUGGCUGGCUCAGGACGGAUGUCUCAGCAGAGUGAGCGUGUGCAGACUGCUGCCAGGAGGACAGCCUGGACGCUACGUCUUCUUCAUCUACGCGGAGCGGCUCACAGACAGACAGGUGAUCCUGGAGUGUUUCCUGAAGAAGGACCUCGUCUACACCAAGGCCACGCCCACUUUCCAUCACUGGAAGGUGGACAACAGGAAAUGCGGUCUGACGUUCCAGAGUCCGGCGGACGCCCGGGCCUUCGACCGCGGGGUGAGGCGGGCUCUGGAGGACUUGACGGAAGGAUCCACCACAUCCUCGUCCACGCUGCAGAACGAAGCCGAGCUGGGAGACGACGACGUCUUCACGAUGACUGACAGCUCCUCCAGCUCGUCUCAGAGGAGAGAGAACGCCACGCACUCUGUGGCCCCGCCCACCUUUUGUGACGCUCGCCGGCACCACUGCGUUCUGGGACAUUUCUACGAGCAGCACCGCCCUUCAGAUCACAGCUUUCUAGAACAGGUGGUACACAUGUUUCCACGCCACGUCAGCUUCCAGGUGGCGGAGCCGGAAAUCGUACGCAUAAACGGGAGAGAGCGUGCCUGGCUCACCGGCUAUGAGGACUACCGCCACGCCGGCUCCACCCGUCACAAGGUGGCCACACCCCUCGACCCCGACACCCGACUGCCAACCAAGCACGAGUGCGGCUGCUUGUACCCGCUCGGCCGGGACGGGAAGCCCCGCCGCCCGCAGCCCGGCGGCGGCGGCGGCGGCUGCUGCACGGCGGUGCUGACGGAGCAGCCGAGGCGGAAGGCGGACGGCUCGCGCUCGCUCUGCGUCUACUGUCAGAACGUGUUCGAGCACGAGGAGAACGGGCGCGGCCGCUGCCAGGAGGCGCCCGACCCCGUGCAGACGUGCAUCCGGCGCGUCAGCUUCCUGUGGUGCGCCGACAGCCUGCUGUACCACUGCAUGUCCGACCCGGAGGGCGACUUCUCCGACCCCUGCUCCUGUGACACCGGCGAUGAGCGCUUCUGCCUCCGCUGGGCGGCGCUGUUGGCGCUGUCGCUGCUGGCGCCCUGCAUGUGCUGCUACGCCCCCCUCAGGGCGUGUCACCGCUGCGGCGUGGCGUGCCGCUGCUGCGGCGGGAAGCACAAAGCGGCGGCCUGACGGCGUCCCGCGGGGAACCUUUGUGUAGUCGGUGUGGUUUUGUGUUGCUGAUCAAAGUUU